AUGACAAAAGUACGACAAAAACGUGAAGAGGUUACGAGACGACCUCAAACAGCUAACAAUAUAGAAACAGCAUCGAAAUCAAUAACACUGCCAAAAACGUUUCAAUUCAAAGAAAUGACAGAACAGAAUUGCGAGGAAAAUAAUGAUGAUAAAUUGGCUAAGUCAGUGCUGGAGCAUUUGAUGCUUUCUUAUGAUCGUAAAACGGUACCAGUGGCAGAUGGUGUUAACGUAAAGGUUGAUCUAAUGGUUCAGGCUAUUUCCAGUAUAUCCGAAAUGACUGCAAGUUUUACUGCAGAUGUGUUUUUUAGUCAAAUUUGGCUCGAUCCUGGAUUAGCAUUCGAAAAUAUCACCAAAUGCUUGGCUAAUUUAACACUGAGCCAUCGUACCAUUGAUGAUAUUUGGUUGCCCAACGUGUGUUUUCAGAAUAGUAAAUCUACCUCAAUACACAAUAGUCCAACACCGAAUAUAUUUCUGCUAAUCUAUCCUAAUGGUACAAUUUGGGUCAAUUAUCGGGUUAAGGUAGAAGCACCGUGUGAAUUGGAUAUGUCAUCAUUCCCGAUGGAUGUGCAACGAUGUACUAUGACCUUUGAAUCUUACUCUUUUAAUGUUGGUCGUGUACGAUUGGAUUGGUUCGGAACAGCCGUUAUUCUAGAUUUGCAGGGAAAAUUGCCGGAUUUUGAAUUAACACGUUAUACGUGGCAAAAACAACAAUUUUAUUAUGCAGCAGGACAAUGGGAUCAGCUGAAAGCAACUUUUUACUUUCGUAGAACUUACGGUUAUUACAUUUUACAGUUAUACAUGCCGACGUAUGCAUCCACCUUCAUUAGUUGGAUAGCGUUCUGGAUCGAUUCAAAAUGCUUGCCAGGUCGAAUAACCCUUGGUGUCUCUUCAUUAAUGGCGCUUACAUUUCAGUAUGGCAAUGUGGCUCGAAGUUUACCGAAGGUUUCCUAUGUGAAAGCAAUGGAUGUUUGGAUAUUUGCAUCCAUGGGCUUUAUAUUUUUUUCAUUGAUUGAAUUAGCUAUUGUUGGAUAUGUCGAUAAAAUUGCAAGCGUGAAGGACGAUUGUCAAGAGGAAAAUUUUGACGAUGUGAAAAGAAGGAAAAGUUGUAUCAGAUGCGAUUAUCAAGCAAAGGCCCGAAAAAGGCAUAAGGUAUCAUCGGAAGCAUAUAAAGUAACAAAAGACGCAAACGUUCAUGAGCUAGAAAUGAUUUGCUAUCACGAUUCGCUGGGUUCAAGGAAUAUCUCGAAGUGGUCGAAAGCUAAAUGGACAGGCGAAAGGAUCGAUAAACUUUGUCAGUUCAUUUUUCCACUAUCAUUCAUAUGUUUCAAUUUCUUUUAUUGGAUAUACUACACUAUGGAAUCAUCGGAACAAAUGGCAAGACUACUGGAUGAUGCUAACUUCACGGAUCUUUCCUCGUAA